AUUCUCCACUUUAUUACAUUAAUUUUAUUGCAGUAUGGCACCAUUAAAAGGCAUUACUCAUUCAGAAAAUGAGAUGCCCUAUGGAACAAUCACAGAAAAUACUACUAUAUGCAGUCUUAAUAUUAAUAUCUUGAGCUGUAUUUUAAUGUGGAUAUACUGGCUUUACUGUUUGAAGCUUUCAUUUUAAUGAUCAAAAUGUAUCUAGAAUAUUCUAUGAGCAUUCAUUGAGCUAUAUAGGAUUUUGAUUUUAUAUUUCAGAUCUGCCAUUGCAAAAACUGGUUUUUGUAAAGAAAACUGCACGUACAGAUAUUUCUAGCACUGCAAAUCAGUAUUUUACACUUAACUGAGGGAUCAUAGGAAAGAAUCAGAAAAUCUCAAAACAAAUUUCAUCAAAAUACACGUCCUACAUUUAUACUGAUAUUCUUCAUAAUGCAUUUCAGUUUAAAACAGCAGUCUCUGUUUUUGCUUCUCAGAUUGCUAAGUUUGCCUCCAUAUAUUAACCCUCUAUUUUUUUUUUUUCUUUAUUUCAAGGAAGUAUGCUAAAUAUGGCAGAAACUAAAACCAUCCAGCUUGGAGCAGUCUGUGCUGUCACCUUUUUCUUCGUUCUAAUCUGUUGGGCUGAUGCAGCUUCAUUCCAGCAGUAUCAGCUGCUUCAAAAAGACCCAGACUAUGUAAUGAAAAACUUACAGAGGCUCCCGAAUCCUGAUAUGAUCAAAGCUUUGGAAUACAUAGAAGAUCUUCGCAAGCAAGCUAGCAAGGGAGAAAGCAUCCCUGAUUACAACUCCUUUCAAAGUGUCCCAUAUGUCCUGCAACAGAAAGAAAACAAAGACCAGGUUCACCUACCAGAAAAUAUAAGGGAUUCUUUGACUGAAGAUGAGUCUCAGUGGGUCAAGGUUAUGUUGGAAGCCUUGCGGCAAGCUGAGAAGGAGUCAAAAGCUGGCACAAAGGAAAAUAAACUUUAUGGUCUGAGCUCGGAUAACAGCUUUCCAGCUGGAGUAACUGAUGAUUAUGAGGCUUACAAGUGGCCUGAGAGGUGGCAAAAAUAUCUCAAAAUGCCUCUUGGUCACUAUGAAGACAGUUCAAGAGACAGUCCUUUCAAGCGUACUAAUGAAAUAGUGGAGGAGCAAUACACACCCCAAAGUCUUGCUACACUGGAAUCAGUGUUUCAGGAGUUGGGGAAGAUGGCAGGACCUAGCAAUCACAAGAAGGAGAGGCUGGAUGAAGACCAGAAAUUGUAUGCAGAUGAUGAAGAUGAUGUGUAUAAGGUAAAUAACAUUGCCUACGAAGAUGUGGUUGGAGGAGAAGACUGGAAUCCCAUAGAAGAAAAAGUGGAAAGCCAAACCCAGGAAGAGAUAAAAGAUAGCAAAGAGGAAAUUGACAAACAUGAAGAGGAAGUUGAUGAUGAAAUGAAGAGGUCAGGGAAACUCAGCUUCCUUGAGGAUGAAAUGAGAAGAGAUAAUAAAGAUCAAAUGUCAGAGAAUGUUUCAAAGUUAAUGAAUUAUUACCUGAAGAGGCUGAUGGGCAGUGCUGGAAACAGGAAACUAAGGACUGGAGGAGAGCUUGAGGAGAAAAGAGCAGCCACAAUUUUGGACAAGCAACUUAACCCUCAGUCUAUAGCUCAGUUAAUAGAAAUGUCAAGGAAUUUACAAAUUCCUCCGGAGGAUUUAAUAGAUAUGUUGAAAGCUGGGGAGAAAAACAGCUUCAGAGUGAAAGGUGAAGCUGAGCAGGAAGCAGAAUUCCCAGAAGACCUCGAUGAGAUCACUGAAACUAAUCUAGGACAGAGUGACAUAUUUAAAAAUAAUGUAAACUCUAAAAGUGGGUACAUGAAGCAGCCUCUCAGUGCAAUUCCAGAAAAUCUACCUGAAGACCUCAAUAUUGAAGACAUUGUCAGCCUUCUGGGAACUGGCAAUUUAGGUAAUCAGAAUCCCUCCUACUUACUAAAUCGUCUUAAUCAAGAAAACGAUUUGCCAAGAAUGCCUUACAUUCCCAGAAGACUGAAAGGACGCCCAGUUCCCAAAUCUGCGUGGAUUAACGAUUUGGAAAGGCGACAAAUGGAGUAUGAGAAACUGGAUGAGAAGGAUGAAGAGCUGGCUGAUUACUUGGCAAAGAUGCUGGCAAAAUAUCCCGAAGUUAUCAAUGCGAACCAGAUGAAAAGAGUUCCCGUUCCAGCUUCUGAAAGCGACUUGCAGGAAGACGAGAGGCUGGAGCAGGCCAUCAGAGAGCACCUGAGCCAGCUGGGACCACAGGAGGCUGCGAGACUGGCUUCGCUCAGCAAAAGGCUCUCCAUGGCGGGGGACACCGAUGACACGCAAAACAGGCAGUAUCUGGAUGAGGAUAUGCUGGCAAAGGUGCUGGAGUAUCUAAAACAGGAGAAAUCAGAGCUUGAAAGAGAUCACAUUACUAAACGGGCAAUGGAAAAUAUGUAAUUGUUCUCCAAAUAUGAUUUCUCUCCCACGUGUUGACUUCUAUCCCAAUUCAGUUGUGAUUUACUCCCUCUCUCCCACUACACAACUUCUGGUCAACUACUUUCCAUUGAACAGUCUGCAUAUCUUUCUCAGAGCUGUUAUCUUGUUUAUUGAUAUACUUAUGUAUGUUAUAAAUUAUGGGGCAAAUAACAAAUUGCUUCAAGUGUUUUAAGAAACAAUUUAAUGAAAUCAAGUAAAACUAUAAUAUAUAAACAAAUGACCUUUGCAUUGUUAAUAAAACAUGAUAACUGAAGAGUGACAAUUAUCAUUUGAAAUUUUUAAGAUUAAUUGGAUUAUUUUGUUACUGUCUGUAGUGUUUUUUGUGGAGUAUCGAAUAAAAAAAAUAAAGCAUUA